GUCCCGCACAGGAGGGGAAGCCCCGAUGACACUGGCCUCUGGCCAGGGCGCAGGGGACACACCCCUCCUGGCCGGCCAGGUCAGAGGCAGCGCGUCUGCGCAUCAGAUUCGGCCCGCGACCGUCUUCCCUAGCUAGUGAGUCAUCAAAAGUCUGUCUUGCACCAACACCCGGAGCCGUGCAUUCCUCUGGCACCAACGCGCCACUGUUUUUAAAGCUGGGGCUGGGAGCUGGCAUUUACUUCAGCUCCCAAAUCAAAGGCGGCUAUUCAUUCCCGAGAGCUGCCUGGAUGUUCGUCUGCAUCCGGCUGCUUCAUUGAGAUGCUGCGCGCUGCCCGGGAGAGCCGGCCUGGGUGCAGCUGAGCUGCGGCCGCCGAGCCCAGCGCCCAGCUCUCUGCCACCCCCACCCCUCCUGCAGGGCUCCUCACGCCCUCCCCACCUCAGGGUUCCUUGCUGCAUUCCCCGAGCAGCUGGCGGGCCGGUGUACGGGAGCCUGCUGCCAGGCUGAGUGGGCAGUGUCUGCCGCCGGCCACAGCCGCUAAAGAUGUGCCUCAUCCAGGCUGCCCCACGUUGAGUCUAAGACCCACCCACCACAGCACCCACCAUGUCUCAGAUGCUGCACAUCGAGAUCCCCAACUUUGGGAACACAGUGCUCGGCUGCCUCAAUGAACAGCGCCUGUUAGGCCUCUACUGUGAUGUGUCCAUCGUGGUCAAAGGCCAGGCCUUCAAGGCCCACCGUGCAGUCCUGGCCGCCAGCAGCCUGUAUUUCCGAGACCUCUUCAGUGGUAAUAGCAAGAGUGCGUUUGAGCUGCCGGGCACGGUGCCGCCCGCCUGCUUCCAGCAGAUUCUGUCCUUCUGCUACACAGGUAAGCUUACCAUGGCGGCCAGUGAGCAGCUCGUGGUCAUGUACACAGCCGGCUUCCUGCAGAUCCAGCAUAUCGUGGAGCGGGGCACAGAUCUCAUGUUCAAAGUGAGCUCACCCCAUUGUGACUCGCAGACCGCCAUGAUCGAAGAUGCCAGCUCAGAGCCCCAAAGUCCCUGCAACCAACUGCAACCGGCCACUGCUGCCUAUGCCACCUCUCCUUCUGUGCCCAUCCCGCUUCUGACCCGUGUAAAGCACGAAGCUAUGGAGAUGCCACCGGCCACUGGCCCAGGCCUGGCUUCCAAACGCCCACUGGAUACGGGCCCUCGAGAUGGUGUGGCGGUAGCUACAGGUGCUGCAGGGACACCCGGCACAGCCCCUCUGAAGCUGCCUCGAGUCUCCUACUAUGGUGUUCCGAGCCUGGCCACUCUCAUCCCCAGCAUCCAGCAGGUACCCUAUCCCCAGGGGGAGCGGACCAGUCCUGGGGCCAGCAGCCUGCCCACCACUGACAGCCCCACCUCCUACCACAACGAGGAUGAGGAUGACGAUGAAGCCUACGAUACCAUGGUGGAGGAGCAGUAUGGCCAGAUGUACAUUAAAGCCACAGGAAACUAUGCAGUGCAAGAGAAACCAGAGCCAGUGCCCCUGGAGAGCCGCUCCUGCGUCCUCAUCCGUCGAGACCUGGUGGCACUUCCAGCCAGCCUCAUCAGCCAGAUUGGGUACCGCUGCCACCCCAAGCUCUACUCAGAAGGCGAUCCUGGAGAGAAACUGGAGCUUGUAGCAGGCUCCGGGGUCUACAUCACGCGUGGCCAGCUCAUGAACUGCCACCUGUGUGCGGGAGUGAAGCAUAAGGUCCUGCUGCGGAGGCUGCUGGCCACCUUCUUCGACAGGAACACACUGGCCAAUAGCUGUGGCACGGGCAUACGCUCCUCCACCAGUGACCCAAGCCGAAAGCCACUGGACAGCCGAGUCCUAAACGCUGUGAAACUGUACUGUCAGAACUUCGCCCCCAGCUUCAAAGAGAGCGAGAUGAACGUGAUCGCCGCCGACAUGUGCACCAACGCUCGCCGUGUCCGUAAGCGCUGGCUGCCCAAGAUCAAGUCCAUGCUUCCAGAGGGCGUGGAGAUGUACCGUAGCGUCAUGGGUGCGUCCGCUGCCAGCCUGCCCCUGGACCCUGAGUUCCCGUCUGCUGCCUCCCAGGUGUUUGAGCAGCGCAUCUAUGCGGAACGACGAAAUGAUGCAGCCACCAUCGUGGCUCUGAGAACUGAUGCUGUGAAUGUCGAUCUGAGCACCUCGGCCAACCCUGCCUUCGAGGCUAAUGAGGAGGUGGAUGGGGCUGGCUCGGUCAUCCAGGAGGUGGCUGCCCCCGAGCAGCUGCCUGCUGAUGGCCAGAGCUCCCCUCAGGCCUUUGAGCAGGGCAACACCAGCUCCAGCAGGCCUCAGACACCAGUGGCCACAGCAACAAGGAGGCCAGAGGGCACCUAUGCAGGGACCUUGUAAGUGGCCGGCAGGGCCCACUCACAAGGGACCGAGCACUAAAGCUGCUUGCAUGCGUUACUAAUACAAACAAAUGUGAUCAAGCCACUUACCUACUGAACUGCUACUGCUGCCUGACAAAAAUGUGAUUUUUAUCCUGCCUGUAUUUAAAAUGGAUGAAGGAAACAAAUGCAUUCAUUAUACUGUAAACAUUUAGGCCACUGGCCGAGCUCUGAGACAACGGUCCCAGGGCAACUUUUUGAUAUACCCCCAGCUCAGUCUCCCGUGGUAGUGCUCUCUCUCCCUUCUUGGGGAGGUAGAAGAGGCCACCAGGCCCCUGAUAUCCUGCCCUGACCCUGCCUCAUCCACCUUUCCUAUUCCCCCUGCUCUGAAAGCAGAAGCUGGGGCAGCAGUGGCCUGGGGCUGGAGGGGCAAACAUGACACUCCAUGCUUUACCCACAAGGACCCCACUGCGACAGUGAGGGGAGUGCUGGGCCCCCAGGGGCCAGACUUCUCUUGUUUUCAUUCCUCCCUAGAAGCCGCCUGUGUGUGUGUGUGUGUGUGUGUGUGUGUGUGUGUGUGUGUGUGAGAGAGAGAGAGAGAGAGAGAGAGAGUGAGUGUGUGUGCUUGUGUGUUCGCAGGAAGACCAAUGAUGUCCCUGCAGGAGCUGUGGCUGGUCACCUGGGGGUGGGGGAAAGAUGAGGUGUUCCCCCUCCAUACCUGCAUCCUCACUCUGCUCCACCCAGACCCCCAGCGGCUGGCCUGCUGACCCCCUAGGGUCUCUUUGCCCCUGGCCAUGGCUGCCCUCACCACCUUCUGCCUCUCCAGCCACUCUGGGAUUUUGCUUGUUUGCUGUUUUUGUUUAGUUCAGAUCUAUUUCGUUUGUGGUUUGGAAACUUUCAGACCGAACAGAGAAAAAAAAAAAGAAAGAAAGAAAAAAAAAAUUGAGAGACUAGUGUCCCUGUCCCCAGCCUGCUGCGGAUUUGGUGAAUUCAUGCCCACAGCCCCACCUUGGCCUCCCACUGGAGGCAGAGGGGCCCAGGGAAGUACAGUUAUCUGUAUACAGCCACACUGGGCUAGCGGGGCACUGCUUCCUGGCUUGGGCUCACUGCUCACUGUGGGUACCUGUGAGGUUGGCGGCAGGUAUGGGCCCUGCGUGCCGGGGCCAGGGUAGUUGGCAGGCGUGGAUCUCUGGGGGACCAGAAGCUUAGACUGUCAUGAGGAUGCAGGGAGGGGUUGAGGACAGCCGGUGGGCUUGAAGCUGGCAUUUUAUAAUUAAGUGUGGACUGUGCUCCUGAGGCCACUUACCCAAGUGUCUCCUCUUGGACUCUUGUCCGGGGACUGCCUGCCCACCUACAAAACCUAGCAGCUGCUGAGGUGCCCAGGGACACCCUAACCAACUUGAAAGGUCUAACCCCCAUCCCUCUACACAUCUUGAGUUUGCUUCCCUUUGAACCCCUCCUGUGUGCCCACAGGCUGAGCAGUCUCCUCCCCAUUUGGAGGAUCGGAGACCUGAGGUGCAGUCUAGACUCCCUCUGUGUUGCCUUCGUUUCGCAGGCACUUCCCUGUCUUGGGGGCCUCACAGGUAGACCCCGUACUGUGCUGACUAUACAUGUCAAUACAUGUAUACAUAUGAAUACAUGUAUAGUCCUGUCUUCCCUCUCCCUCCUCUGCAAGACCUGUGGUGUGGGGAAGGGAAAGGGGCAUCAUGGCGGGCACUGUGGGAACCGAGCUGAGCCCCUCCCCCUGCUCCUUGGUAACGCAAGGCCUGCAUUCCUAGGGCCAGUUAGUUCCGAGGCUACCAAUAUCCAGCUCUGGAAGCAGCUGCCCAGAGAUGAACCUCUCACCUCUCCCGUUUCUAUCUUAGCCCUAGGUAGGUUGGAGCCAGCCCUUUAGUGACUUGGACCAAACCCUCCUGGUGCUGGGUGAAGACCAUAGCACUGUAGAAAGUAUGGCAGGAUUGGGGCAGGGCUGUGCCCUUCCCCUCUGGAAUAUCCCUUCAUCUGCUUCCCCCACCCAAAUUUGCACUUUAAUUUGACCAUCCUUGGGGACCUUUGGGAGACAAACCCACCUGUUUUGGUUGGUGGUAGAAGGGCUCUUUCUCAUCCCUCCACUCCAAGAUGGGCAUGGUCCCCACCCUGGGCCAGCAUAGGGAGAGCGCCCCUGGCCAUUAGACGGUGGCUGCACAGAAUGCCUGAGCACUGCUCGGGCUAGCACAAUGUCCUCAGCCUCUGUCCCUUCGUGUUUAUGAUUGCCAUCUGUUUUGUUCUGGGUAAGGAAGGCAAGAGCUAUAGGUAAAACUUCAAUAAUAUUAAUUAAAUGUGAAUGGAUUCCGAGCUCUCCCUGUGCCCCGGGUGGGCCAGGCAGAGCGUUUUGCACUAAUGUGUCCCAUGGUGGACGUGGUGGGGAGCGUUUGCAGACAUGCAUGGCCAAUGACUGUACCUGCUUGGGGGCGGGGGGGGGGGCACUCCCUCUGCAUCCUGAAUGUACUUCGAGGCAGGCAGGUGGCAGGCCUGGGCUCCGAGGGGCCUUCCAGAGUGCCUUAGCAUCUUUUGAUUAUUUUUUUUCCAAGGAAAACCAAUUUAAAAAACCAGACCCCCCCUCCUUUGUUUACAAGAUGACUAAUUCCAGAAUUGGGGCUGUCUUGUCCUGUCAUGUGACCCUGACUCGUCCAGAUCCUAUAGGGGAGAGCCUCUCAGCAUUUGUCAGAUGUCUACACCUCUGUUCCUAGCUUGACUACUAGCAAUAUGCACAUACUAUGUACAGUCGAUUGUAGAAACUAUUGCUACAUCAGCGUCUUUGCCGUGAGGACAGUUGGGACUGGAUCAGGUUGGAGCUGCUGGGGCAGGCUGGGUCCAGCCGUUACUCUUUUGUCCUCCCAGAGCAGACAGUAGUCCCUGAGGCAGCUGGGACGAAUACAGCAGGUCCAGGACAAGGGACCAGAGACAGGGCUGAUAGUGUGAGCUGGGAGGGGCUGCCUAUCUGCCCGGCUGUCGCAGUACUUGAAUUCUGUAUUGUUUUCUAUACCAGUUGCUUCAGCUAACAUCUGAUUCGGUGUCUUACUUUGCCCUUGAAUGUGGAUGUGUGAAAGGUAACUGAGAGACUCUGAGGGGUCCUUCAUGGUGUGACUGAAGGUGUGGGCCUUGAGGAAAACUAGCUGUGUGGUGUUUAUUUAGAACCUAGAGGAAGGCAGAAGAAAGGGCCUGUGAGGGCUUGACAGGUUCAGUUCCCUCCAAGCGACUGUGGGGUGCCUGGUGCUACCUGGUUCAACAGCAGGAACUUCCUAAGUCCAGUGCUACCCCAUGUCAUGCUCUGCCCCACUGUGCCCUGCUUGGGUUCCCUAAAGAUGAUGAUUCUUAGCUGGCGUGGGAAGGGCAGGUGGCCCGUCAGUCAGCUGAAAACUUGAAAGACCCUGUUAGAAUCUGCUUGCUGUGGAUCCCAAAUUGGCAUGGCGACAAGCAUGUGACAUCUCAGCCUUACCCACUGCUUGGAAUGGUGCUGCUGCUGUGUGGUUCUGCAUGUCAGGCAGCCCAGCCCGUGCUGUUGGAAGAAGGGCUCAACACGAAGUGUUUCAAAAUGGCAAAGGUGUUCGCUUUCGUUUGUUCUGUUUUCCUAGAGAAGGAAAAGGAUGCGGGAAUCUAAAACGUUCUGGUUGAAUAGCCUCUGCUUGUGUCCCAUCGGCCGCCUCAUUGCAAGCAUUUUGCACACGAUUGUGAUUUUUAUGUCAAAAGAAGCCAAAAUUUGCAAUACUAUUUUUAGCAGACAAAAGAGAACUCAGUAUAAAAUGUGUAAAUAUUUUUGACUUGAACAUUUUGGGUGGCUCUGGGUUCAAGGAGAACAUUUAUCCCUUCAGUGGGAUGUUUGUAGAAAAGGACCCCAGGAAGAGGGUUGUUUUGAAGGCACUGUCUAGGGGUUAAAGUAGCAUCAUAACUCAUGACUGUUAGAAAAUAAUAAAGUCAGUUGCUCCCCUACCUCUAAGGAGGCCUUCACACUGAGCUAGAGCAGACACCAUUUCUUGGCUUUCUUUUGUUUAAGGGAGGAGGAGGCUUUGUUUUUGUUUUGUGGGGUUUUUUUUGUUUGUUUUUGUUUUGUUUUAUUUUUUGACCCUCCAGCAUCCUCCUUUCUCUGUGCUGUGACCCUGUAGUGACAAGACUGUUACUUUGUAGCCAUGGCUGAAAACAUUGUAUCAAUAACAACAAAAACAACAAAAAAUUUAAAAAAAGAAAAAAAAAAGAAAAAAAAAAACAACCCACAGCAAUGUCUGCAAGCUGACCAGGGAAACCCGAGAGCUGUGAGCCGGCGCUCAGAGCUGUUUCAGACAUGGAAAUCCAUGGCAAAGGAUGUCAUCAGUAAUUGUAAAACGCUUUGUAAAGUUCACAUUUACAGAAUAAUAAAGUCAAUUCAAACCCUG